AUGUCAAGCCAGCCUCUCCUCCAAACCGCCCCAGGCAAACGAAUCGCCCUUCCCACCCGCGUCGAACCAAAAGUCUUCUUCGCUAAUGAGCGCACCUUCCUCUCCUGGCUCAAUUUCACCGUCAUUCUCGGCGGCCUCGCCGUCGGCCUUCUGAACUUCGGCGACCGCAUUGGCCGUAUCUCGGCUGGGCUGUUUACGUUUAUUGCUAUGGCAGCUAUGAUAUAUGCGCUGGUGACAUUUCAUUGGCGGGCGCAGAGUAUCAGGAAGAGAGGGCAGUCGGGGAUUGAUGAUAGGUUCGGGCCGACGGUGUUGGCGUUGGCGUUGCUGGCGGGUGUGGUGGUGAAUUUUAUUCUGAGGGUGAAGGAGGGGAGUUUCUAG